AUGACAGACUCGGGCGCGCUAGUCUAUGCAGUUCUGGGAUUGCCGGUUCUGUAUGUUGUCUUGUUACUCCUGAGAGGUGGGAAAGGAGCGCUUGCAGGCGUGCCGACGGUGGGAGGCCCAUCGUGGCCGCUCCUCUCAUACAUCGGCGCGUUCAACUACCUAGCUCACGCCCCGGACAUCAUGUCCGAGGGAUACAAAAAGGCACCGACUCUUGCUUCUCCACUAUUUGACGGCCCCGAUGCACAGUACAAGAACAAUGGCGGGAUGUACAAGUUUGCCGAGUUUCGCCAUUGGACGGUCAUGCUCUGCGACCCCGCGAUCAUCGAGGAGGUUCGCCGCAUGCCCGAGGCUCAGCUCUCCCAGAUGCAGUCCAAUCGCGAGUUCCUGCAAGUCGACUACACCCUGGGUUCGAACGUCCACGAGAACCCGUACCAUGUCGGCCUUAUUCGCUCAAAUCUCACGCGGAACCUGACCCGCUUGUUUCCUGAGCUGCAUGACGAGGUUGUUGCUGCAUUCGGCGACGCGAUCCGUCUGGAUGGUGAAGAGUGGACGAAGGUGCCGGCCAUGGACACCAUGCUUGAGAUUGUCUGCAGGACGAUCAACCGCGUCGUCGUCGGUCUGCCAUCCUGUCGAAAUUCGGACUUUUGCGACCUCAACAAAACGUUCACGAUUGACACAUUCACCGGCGGGGCGAUCAUAUCGCUCUUCCCAGAGUUCCUAAAACCACUGGCAGCCAAGUACCUGACAAAGGUCCCCGCGAGCGUGAACCGGGGCAUCCGUCACCUCGAGCCCGUCAUCACGGAACGCUUCCACAAAGAGCUGGUGCUCGGCGACGAAUGGACAGACAAGCCGAACGACAUGCUCCAGUGGUGCAUCGAUACAGCACAAGGCGAAGAGCGAACGGUGCGCGCGCUCACGCUGCGCAUUCUUGCGUCGAAUACUGGGGCGAUACAUACGUCCACGAUGUGUAUGACACAUGCAUUGUUCUACCUCGCGGCGCACCCGCAGUACGUUGCACCCCUGCGCGCGGAGGUCGAAUCGACCUUGCAGCAGGGUGGGUGGACCAAGGAGUCGAUCCGCAAGAUGCGCAGGCUGGAGAGUUUUUUGAAAGAGGUGUUGCGGCUCACGGGCGUCGGCUCGAGGGCGAUGAACAGAAAGGUCAUGGAGGACUUUCGGUUCUCGAAUGGGAUUGUCGUGCCUGCCGGGAAUUAUCUUGCUGUGCCGACGACCGCCAUCCAUCAUGAUGAGGCCAUAUACGAGGACCCGGACGACUUCAAGCCUUGGCGUUUUUAUGACGCGUCGUCGACGGAGGAUGAGAGUGAGGGAUCGUCCGACCACUUGGUCACGACGUCGGCGCAGUACAUGCUCUUCGGGCAUGGCAAGCAGGCGUGUCCCGGGAGGUUCCUCGCCGUGAGCGAGCUCAAGACGAUGCUGGCGCAUGUCUUGAUGACGUAUGAUGUCAGGAUGGAGGACGAGGGCGUAGUCCCGCCGACAAAAUGGUUCGCGACCGCGCUUACGCCGAAUGCGACGGCGGCGGUGCUGUUCCGGAAGAGGCGGGCGUAA